AUGUCGCCCAGCUUUACUAUAGGUGCAAAGUCGCUCACUAGAUUGCUUGCUGGAUUGAUAAAGAGUACAUCCGACUGUAACAAUCUUCUUACUGAGGAAGACUAUUUCAAGAUGGCAACUGAGGAUCCAGACUAUCGUAAGUUGAUUAACAGAAGUGCGAGUACUGGCGAAAGCUUCAAAGCUAUAUCAUCGUAUUUCAAAGCAAACACCGGAAAGACUGUCGAACGUAACGAGGAACUCUUCGAACGUGCAGCUCAGGAGAUGAAGGAAUUCGUUCUAGCUUUAUCUGCACUGAAAGUUAAGACAUUGUUUGCUCAGUUGAAUGAACCUCCAUCUACAUCAAAGCCUGCAUACUUUAACAGGCGAACUGAUUAUAAUAGAAAUCAGUACAGUAGAGGUAGCUCUUCCAAGGCAUCAGUUCAAACACCAAGUAAGAGACAGUCUAUCGGGUUUGCGGAUGAUGACACUCCUCAGGAACAAUCCACUCAGGGCAGCACUGCAGAAUCCAACUCUAGUGUUAGUACUCCUCGUACAUCUAACGUUCCUCGAACACCUAACAAUCCUCGAUAUGCUGGAUCUAUAGCAGGGCAAAGUAGCGCUACUCGACGAACUACUAACAUUGGGUUUGCGGAUGAUGAUGACGAUACUAUCCCAGAGGAACCUGAAGCGGCUGGUCCCAGUAGUGAUUUCAACACAAAUAUCGAUGAGAACGAGAUACAAGAUCUGUCAUACAUAGCUGACUUUGUUGAUCCUGCGAAUGAGGAGUACAAUAUCGAGCCUGCUAUUAUCGAAUUCCUACAGGAGUCUAUUAGAACUAGACGUGCUAUGACCCCUACAUCCAAAGAAGUUGUAACUAUUAUCAGAGAGACGCGCUCCAACCCUGAGCAGAGGUCUAUUGCUAACGCUCUAGGAAUGGAGGGGGGUAUAAUUGACAUGCCACAUCCUAUUAUGCAGUGGGUUUUAAAGAACAUAGUUGGCUAA